UUAGCCCUUGAACUUUUUCUCUACUAGGAGUGUUGAAUUUCUUUUAUACAAUAUAAAUAUUCUAUUUCAUCUAUAGUUAUCAGCUCUUCUUUUGCCCCUUUGCAAGUAUCACUGUUGGCUCAGUAUGCUUAUUAUUAAUAGCCCUGUUCUUUUUCAUCUGCCUUCUUCGCAAAAAUCGUUGUGACUUGAUACUAUUUUCCAAGAAGAUGUCGGAAGAUGAACGAAGGGUUGAGGCCAUUCUACAAAAUUAUGAGCUUAAGGCUCCAAAAAGAUACAAGUAUUCACAGAUAAAGAAAAUAACACAAAGAUUCAACAAUGAAAUCGGAAAAGGUGGAUUCGGUACUGUCUUCAAGGGUAAGCUCAUUGAUGGCCAAGAAGUAGCCGUGAAAGUCUUACACCAGUCCAAUGGAAAAGGUGAGGACUUUGUUAAUGAAAUUCUCAGCAUUAGCAAAACAUCCCACAUAAAUGUUGUAAUGUUGCUAGGCUUCUGUUUUGAGGGGUGCUAUAGAGCUCUUAUCUAUGAAUUCGUGCCAAAUGGAACAUUAGCUGAUUUUAUUAACAAAGACAAAUCUAAUAUGGAAGCUUCAAUUCUUUGGGAAAGAUUACAUGACAUUGCAGUUGGCAUAGCUCGAGGACUAGAAUAUCUACAUCGUGGAUGCAGUGCCCAGAUAGUGCACUUUGACAUCAAACCUCAUAAUAUCUUACUAGACAAAAAAUUUCGUCCUAAAAUUGCUGAUUUUGGGCUGGCCAAAUUAUGCUCUACACGAAAGAGCACUCUUUCGAUACAAGGCAAGGGAGGAACUCCAGGAUAUAUUGCUCCUGAAUUAUGGUUUGACAACUUUGGGCCUAUCUCUAGUAAAGCUGAUGUGUAUAACUACGGUAAGAUUGCAUUUGAAAUGGUUGGAGGGAGGAAAAUUUUUGACAGCAAAAUAGAUUCUAGUAGUGAAUACUGUUUCACUUAUUGGGUGUAUAAUCAUCUGAAUCAAUGUGGCAACUUAGACGCUUAUGGAGUUACUGAGGAGACAGAAGAAGUUGCGAAAAAAAUGAUAUUAGUUGGGCUUUGGUGUAUUCAAAAAUUGCCUGCCGAACGGCCAUCAAUGAGUGAAGUUGUAGAGAUGCUCAAAGGUCGCAUAGAAGAUUUGCGGAUGCCACCAAACCCAAAGUGGUUUUGACAAAAACUAAAAGAAAACUUCCAAUAUACUCCGAGGAAAAGCUAGGUUCCAGACUGCCUUCCACGUUGGGCAUCUCUUCUGAGGGUUCCUGGAAUUCAUCCCAAAUGGAAUCUUGGAUGAUUUUAACUAUAAAAACAUAUCUAUAAAGCACGCAAUUGCCAUAGCUC